AUGGUUCGCAAAUACGUUCGGAAAAGCAGCAGGGCUUCCUAUUCCGAGGAAGAUAUGAGCAAAGCAAUAGACGAAGUUCAGUCAAAAACUCUUGGUUUGCGAAAAGCUGCUGAAAAAUAUGGCAUUGCGGUAGCGACUCUUCAGAAGCGAGUUAAGAAAAAUCAGUUUGUCGUGGUUAAUAUUGGGCUGCGACGUCUAGCAUUUGAAUUUGCCGAAGCGAAUCAUAUCGAUCAUCAGUUUAAUAAAGAAAAGCGGAUUGCUGGAAAACAGUGGGCACAAAACUUCAUAUCAAGAGUUGGGGGUUUGUCAAUUCGAACCCCAGAAGCAACAAGCAUGUCACGUAUUUCUGAUUUUUCCAGAGCCAAAGUUCAGCGAUUUUUCGACUUACUACAAGAGGCUCAACUAAAAUAUCAGUUCAAACCAGAUAGUAUUUUUAAUCUUGAUGAGACUGGGGUAACUGUAGUUCAGAAUCCAAAAAAUAAUAAUAGCGCAAAAGGGAAAAAAGCAAUAUUGAUUUACAAACGUGUAAGACUGAACCCCCAUUUAUUAACCGGGGCUAUUCCAGGAACCAUAGGAAUUCCUAGCCCCACCGGUUGGAUAGAUACGGAUAUCUACUUUAAGGUGGCCGAGCAUUUUAUUAAAUCAGUUCGAGCUAGUAAGGAUAACCCAACGCUACUUAUCGUUGAUGGACACAGCAGCCAUAAAUCUGUAAAGGCAGUAAAUUUGUGUCGAGAGCAUGGCAUUGUUGUAAUAACAUUACCACCACAUUGCACUAAUCGCCUUCAGCCCCUUGAUCUCACGGUGUUUGGUCCUUUUAAAUCUUAUUUAAAUUCGGAAAUGGAUAUUUGGAUGACCAACCAUCCAGGAGAACGAAUUACAGAAUAUGACAUGGGUCCUUUAAUAGGCAAUGCAUUCAGGAGAGCAGCUACUCCUAAUAAUAUUUGCAGCGGCUUCAAAACGUCAGAUAUUUUUCCAUACAAUCCAAAUGUUUUUUCCGAUGACGACUACGCCGCAGCAGAUGCAGUUAACGCUGGUUUGAAGGAAGUAUUAGGUGAUAAAAAUAUGAAUAACGAAGAAGCAAAAGACAAGAAAAGCGUAGACAGUGACAUAGAAGGUGAUAUAAAGAAAUUAGAAAGUCCUAAUGUGUCUGUGUCAGAAUUGAAUCCAAAAUCUAAACAAAAAGCUUCUAAAAAAACGACCAACCGAGUUCAGCAAAAGUCAGAAGUUAUAACAACAACACCGUAUAAAGAGUCUUUAGAAGAAAAAGAAAAUAAAAUUGUAGAUUCUAAAAAAGUACUGAGGGUAAAAAGGAAUAUAUGUGACGAAGAGCCAGGUGUAUCGGGAAUAAAAACAAAGAAGAAAGUUGUCAAGAAACAAAAACGAAAUAAAGAGGACGAUAACUUUAUUGUAAAUGCAUUUAUUGCGGAGGUAAAUUCAGCGACUCUGCCGAAGACUGGAUAA